AUGGGGUAUGGGGAUAUUAAUAAGAAAGCUCCCAUGUCGGUUUGGUGGUCGGAUUUAUUAGCAAUAGAUAGAAAGCUUCCGAAUAAUUUUUUGGGCGAAAAUUUGUUCUUUCGUAUUGGGAAUGGCUUUACUACUUCCUUUUGGCAUUCCGCUUGGUUGAAAGAAGGCCCUAUUAAAUUGUUGUUCCCUUCUUUGUUUUCUCUUUCCCGUUUGCAGGAUGUUUCUAUAGCAGGUAUGGGCGGAUGGAGCAAUGGAGUAUGGAAUUGGAACGAUUUCGGGCUUGCGAAUAUGCCCGCGGAAGCUGCUGGUACAACAACGCUCAUGCUCGAUUUUCUUCACCAUUCAGAUGGUCCGAUUGAUGGCAGCACCGGUGACAGCCCGGGGUGGAGAUUGACGGACCAAAAGUGCUUUACGGUGUCUUCUUGUUACGAGGACAUUAGUAAAAGGAAGAUAGCUUUUGGACCCCCUAACCGGUAUGAUUGUGUUUUGGAGUUAUUACGGAUAUGUGAUGUUCCGUUAAAGUGUAGAGCUUUCGGUUGGCGGUGUUUUCGUGAUAGGAUCCCGACUAAAGACUCGCUCGUCCGUAAAGGUAUUUCCUUUUCUCCCACGGAUUUGUCUUGCUCUUUUUGUGGUAUUAGUAGUGAAUCUUCUCGCCUUUCCUUUCUUCUUUGUGGUAUGGCGGAUGAGGUGUGGAAGUAUAUCGCUUCGUGGAUUGGUUUGGAGGAUUAUAAGGCGGAGUAUUUUAAAGAGAGUUUCUGGAUUUGGCACUCCUUUUGUUAUAAGAAGAAAGUUAAAAGAGGUAAGCUCGGUAGUGUUUGGUUGGCUACUUUAUGGACUUUGUGGUUGCAUAGGAACAAGAUUAUUUUCAAGAAUUUUAGUUCGAAUUCUAGGGAUGUUGGUUGGGAUAUCAAAGCUUUAGUAUGGAGGUGGGCUUUUAUUGGGAAUAUUACUCAUGCCAAUUUUAACUUUUAUGAGUUUGAAAAAAACCCUUUGUUUUUCUUAAGUUAG